GCUCAAAGAACCCGAGACGGUCAACACGUUAUACGAGAUAACUGUCACUAUGUUGGACAAGAUAAAGUUUCAAACGUGAUUAGAAAGUGUCUUUGUGUGCGAUUUUUUAAAAUGAUUCAGAUUACCGACAACUUGUGAAAAAUAAAUACAGAUUUGAGACAUCCACCAUUCGGAAGAGGCUAUCAUUGUCGGUAUUAUAACAUUACUUUAAUGGAAAUUCCAGUGUAGCGUGAAGGGCUUUUAUCAUUUGUGCUGAGGAGGUGGGGACAGUUUACAGCGCACAUGAGAGGGGAAACUCGGCUAAAUAAUUGAUCCUAGUUGACUGCACUGUAUUGUGAGGUCUCACUGAUUGAUAGAAGAGGAUAUAACUAUACACAUUUUUCACUCUGUCACAUCUUUGGAAAUAGAAUGCGCCAGGGAAAGGGGCCAUGAACUAAGAUCAGUAGAAUGGUAGACGAGCACAACACUGCAACUAAUAGGUUCAUAAUGAGUCCACUUUUCUGUAUUCUGUCCUUGGGGCUGGCCUGUUUGUCGACUCUCUUCCAGACUAUAGCUUUCAGCACACAUGCCUGGGUCGUAAUGACUGACUUUGUAACUGACAAUGACACUGGUCAAGUCAGCAGCGUAGAAAUCUACACCGGGCUGUGGUACACUGUAACGUGCCAGAACGGCGCCUGUAGAUCCACCACUCAUUUAGACACCUACAAGGCAGAUAUAGACGCUGGCAGAAACUACAAAGAAAUACAAUAUUCUUUGCGUGUCUGGUCGCAGGCCUUGACAACUAUAGCUCUGCUUUCCUCCAUUGUAUCGGCAGUUUCCUGUGUUCCAUUCCUCUGCAAACCCAGACACGUCCUGCGCCAACAUUUACUUAUAGUUGUGUGUUCAUUAAUUUCAUUUUGCCUGUUGAUGGCAGUAAUUUUCAACUGGACCGCGGAAGUGUCGGCGAAUGCAAAUCUAGAGAAAUUGAAAACGGAUUCUACUAGAAGGUUUGCCUUUCCUUGGUCUCUCCUUCUUGGCGGUUUUGGGGGAAGUGGCAGUCUAGUUUUAGGUGUCAUUCAUUUUGUGUUUUUAUUCCGUUCUUUGACUCCUUCACAUUCUGUGCGAAGUGACACAUUUCAACCAAACGCUUAUGUACAAUUAACCACUCAAACAUCAGUGAUUUCACAACUUUCAAAUGAAUCUCACGAAAGAAAACAUUUAACAGUUGAGAAAGAGUUUUUAGAAGACCCUAUAGAAGAAAAUUUAGCAGAGAGUGAAGUGGACAGCCGAUCCCUAAGCAACCAAUCAGAUCAGAAAAUGUUAAAUACGGAGGUCGAAGAGGAUUAAUAACCAAGUCAUAAAGGACGGGAACGUGUUCUCGUCAGCAUAGGACGAAAAGAAUUUCUGUUGUAUGAGAUACAGCAGGAUAAAACGAGCUUAAGUUUUGACAGGAUAUGAAGAAAAUUUAUCACGAGGGUGUAAAAAGCAAGGAAACAACCUCAAUAUCAAAAGAUAGGAUUUCUUGCUCUUUAACAAGGGAACUAUUUACACGAGUUAUUACGUCCAGAGUAUCAGGGGACUAAAAUUGUUUUUUUUUUCAGAAAAUAGAAUAAAUAGUUCCACCUACAAAUUACAAAGUAUGAAGGAUGGUUACUAUGUAUUCCGUGUGACAGAGAGUUGUGUAUAUUAAGUGUGAUUACUAUGUUUUACAACAUUGUAAAGUGGUGCUAAACAUUAUGAAUUUGUAUGUAUGUUUGCAUUGGCAAGAGAGGGAUGGAGGUUUUUUUUACUACUACCUCCCUUUUUUUUAAAGAAAAAAAGGUCAGUUACAAAUAAGUAUAACUUCCGAGCUUAUACUUGAAUGAACGAAUGCUCUAAGGGGAAAAUGACUGCAUUACAUUUUUCUGAUUGGUUAUUUACACAAAUAUCUGUCAAAGUGUCUUAUUUUUUGUCAAUUUCAGGCUUAAGUGUAGAAACUCAGUGGAAAAUUACCAGAAAAACAAGUACACUUCAUGCACAACUUGUAGUAAGGACCCCCCUUUUUCUUCAAAAAUAAAAAUAUAAUCAACCUUCUCUUGCCUUUUACUAUUUGUUUCUUUAUACCAACCCUGGUCUUUCUUUGAAUAUUUUUUUGAUUUUUGUAUAAUACUUGAAUUCUUAUUUUUUCUCUCUUAAAAUUGCCUUUUUGCAAUGAAGAUUUUUAGUUCAUUUUUUUAAUUACAUGUAAUUUUCUUAUUUCUGUGGGUUUUUGUUUGUUAUUGAGUUAGUUUUAUAUUUCUGUGGUUUGUAAAUGGUUUUAUUUUUUUUUUUAAACCGACUUCGUAUUAUCGACAUUGAAAUAAAAUUGAAUUAUUGGA